UGAAAAUCAGUGGAGCUUCCUGGAUGGAAACAAAACACAAGAGCGGAGCUCACACGCACACGCGCGCACACACACACACACACACACACACACGCACACACAUACAUGCACGGGGCCGAGCUGCGGGCAGGACGUUUAAACAUGUUUUCAUGAGGCCGGAGCGUGUGUGAGCGGAGCUGAUCAUACCAACAGCACAACACUGGUAAAACACAUGUGUCUGUGCCACAGGGAGAAGAGCAGCACUGCGGCUGUGGAUCUGGACUCAGGAAGCUCGGACACCCAGUGGUCCCCCACAGACAAGGAAAAUGUCGACUGUGGCUCCUCUCUGUCCCUAACAGAAGGGCUAGGAGCAGCCUGAUUCCUUCUUCCUCCCCGCCUGCUUCGCCCCCUACAUGGCCAGCAGGAGUCCCACCCUGAGCCAGGAAGCCAGGGAUUCUGUAGCCGGGACCCCUGAGGCCACCGCAGAUUCUCAGCCGGUGCCUGGGGUCUUCUGCAAGCUGUGCCUCAGUGAACAGCCAUCUGCAGCCACCAGCCAACUGCAAAGCUGCAACUGUAACUUCUGCACAGCUUGUUUGCAGCAGUAUGUUCAACUGGCCAUCAUGGAGGGUGGGGGGGCACCCAUCACCUGCCCAGAUAUGGCCUGCCAAAAGACCGGAGUGCUAUUGGACUCUGAGAUAGCCAGCCUGGCUGCAGCGGAUCAGGUGGAGCUGUAUCAGCGGCUGAAGUUUGAGAGAGGAGUGAAGCUGGACCCCAGUAAAGCCUGGUGCCCAGUGAUUGAGUGCCAGGCGGUGUGCAGUGUGCAGCCAGGCUCCGAGGGCCAGCCCUCUGCUGUGCCCUGCCCGACCUGCCACACCGUCUUCUGCUCCGGCUGCCGAGGCCCCUGGCAGGACAGCCACACCUGUCCCGAACGCCAGCCCAUGAUGUCACCCUCACCCUCUCAUGAAAGCAGGGGCCGCUCCUACAGCCACUCUGACAUGCCCAUCAAACAAUGUCCCAUGUGUGGCAUUUUCAUCGAGAGGAACCAGGGCUGUGCACAGAUGCUGUGCAAGAGCUGCAAACACACCUUCUGCUGGUACUGUCUACAGAACCUGGAUGGUGACAUCUUCCUGAGGCACUAUGACAAGGGACCAUGCAGAAACAAGCUGGGACACUCCAGGGCCUCUGUGAUGUGGAACAGAACACAGGUGGUGGGUAUCCUGGUGGGGGUCAGCAUCAUUGUGCUGGUGACAUCUCCACUCCUCCUGCUGGCCUCGCCCUGCAUCUUGUGCUGCAUCUGCAAGCCCUGCAGAGGGAAGAAGAAGAAGAAGAAGAAGAGGAAGAAGGACGUCAGUCAGCCUGACUCCUCCUCAUCAUAGCAGCUCCUCCCUCUCAUUGGCCCAGCCCACUCAUGAUGUUGCCUGAAGAAACCAACAAAGUGCAAGUGGUGGAAAUGAACAUUAGGAACAAUGGAGUACUUCUUCCCUUCUCUACAGACUGGAAGGCUCGUCAGUGGAAUGGUGGAAGUGUAACUGUGAGGAGACUGAAUGUAACUCAUUCAUCUAAGUUGUUUUCAGAUGCACACCUGGACUCAAAGAGAAGGCCGCGGCUGUCAGAGUUCUCCUGGAAUGAGCUCUCUCUUUGUCUCUCUCUCUCUCUCUCUCUCUCUCUUUCUCACACACACACACAGUUAAUGCCACCCUCAUGUGCCAAAUGUCAUGAUGCCAAACCAGAGGUGUUAGGUGCUCAAGUGCCUCACUCUAUAGUGCCUGGUGCUUGGUUGUAUUUGCUUUGCCUUCCAUUCUAUCUUUAUCUUAUGCAAAACUUUUAGCAUUAUAAAAUCGGACAACUGGAUCACACAGGGUCGUAAAUCCCUAGUUUAAAAAAAAGCAAAAUAUUCUUUCUUAACGGGAGAAGGCAAAUGGUAUAUAUGUGUGCACUGUAUAUUCUUUACUGAUAUGAAAUAUGAUAGGAACUUUUCUCCUGCAAGUGUGUAUCGUUUCCAUCUGGUGUAUGUUCCAGACCAAAGGCUCUAAAGAAUGACAUGUACUUUUCUAAAAGUGUGUUAAUAUGUAUUUAAGGGUUACGUGUGUAUGUUAUCAUUUCUACAUUUAUGUUGAUGUUUCUGCAUCAGAUGUUUUAUAAAAGCACCACUGUAAUUGAAAUAAACAUAGUGUAUUGUACAUGCA